GAGGGGGGCGGGCGGCGCGAGCGCAGGGGCUCCUCGCGCUGUAACGGUCGCCCGGGGCCGCUUUGCCGCCUCAGCGCUUCCCGCGGCAGCGGCGGGUCCAGCCUCGCCAGCGGAGGCGAAGGCGCCGGGCAGGGCCCCGUGGCUGGCGGCGCGGUCCUCGCCGACUUUCCGCUCCACCUGCGCCCGCGGUCGCGGCGGCUCGGAGCCGCUCUUGUCCCGCGGGCGGCUGGCGGGGCGGCGUGGGGCCGGGGAGCAGCUCGGGGCAGCUCCGCCCUCCCGCCGGGCACCAAGGAUGGAAUAUUCGCAUAAAUGUUUGAGAGCAAAAAAAUCCAUGGUUCUAAAUGAUCAAAAGCAAGUAGAAAAUCUGAAUAAAAUAAAGAAUAUUUCAACGGAGGAGAUUUUAUAUGGCUUGCAAAUGAAAGAUCAUUCUCUUCAGCCAAGUGCCUUGGAUAUAAUCUGCAAAAUGAGCACUCGAAGGAAGAGGGCAAGUUCAAUAAGCAAAGAAAAUACCCAGUGCAAAGGUAUUAAGCUUUCUGAUGAAAUCAAGAAAAAGAGUGUUUGUACAAUGUCAAAAAAGGAAGAAAGUCUUUUGGGAAAGAUCAAACAUAUGAUUGGUGAGCAGAUGGAUAUUUUAAACAGUGACUUCAUUAAUCAAAAACUAGAAAGUUUAAAUAGAAGAGUUGAACAAUUACAAUGCAAAGAUAACCACGAAGAAAUAGCUAAAGCAUUACUAAAGAAAGUAUCAAAACUGGAGAGACGUAUUGAUGCUGUGAUUGCAUUUCAGGAGGAAUCGCUCUCGAAAAUGGCUGUUCAUCAGUUCUGAUGGAAGUGAUACUGGUCUCCAUGGAAAACCUGAAGUCAGCAAGUGCAAAUAAUUCAGAUAUUGAAAUUUAUCGCUGAGUCCAUGCAUGCUAAUGAAUUCACUACAGGAUAUACAAAGUUUGUCUAGAACUUGCCAGCUACUCGUGUCUUGUCUUUUUAAAAAUGUCAUUAAAACCCAAUUGUGAUUCUGAAA